AUGUGGUGGUGGAACCAUACCUCUCUGGAAGACUUCAUCUUUCAAGGGCUCUUUGAUGACUCCUUCAGCCACCUUUGUUUUUUCCUCUUGGUCACGUUGGUCUUUCUUACUGCAGUGAGUGGCAACGACCUCACCAUCCUUCUCAUCUGUACUGACUCUUUUCACACCAAUGUUCUCCUGCUCAGCCAGCUCUCCUUCAUCAAUCUGAUACACACCUCUACAACCAUCCCCAAGAUGGCUAGCAAUUACCUGUCUGGCAAGACGUCUAUCUCGUUUAUGGGCUGUGCCAUCCAGCACUUCCUGUAUCUAUCUCCGGGUGGUGCAGAGUCUCUCCUCCUGGCCUUCGUGUCCUAUGACCGCUAUGUUGCCAUCUCCCGCCCUUUAUGCCACACUGAGCUCAUGAGCAGAAGAGUGGGUGUGAUGAUGGCUGUCAUGUCAUGGCUGAGUGCAUCUGUGAACUCCUUAAUUCACAUGGCCAUCUUGAUGAGCUUCUCUUUCUGUGGGUCAAGAAUCAUCCACCACUUCUACUGUGAAUUUCUAGCUGUUUUGAAGCUGGUGUGUGGGGCCAUCACUGUGUAUGAGAACACAGUCUACACCAGCACUAUUAUACUUCUUCUUCUCCCCAUAAUCCUUGUCUCUAUAUCUUAUGGAUUCAUUCUCCACAGUGUCAUCCAGAUGCGAUCAGCUGGGAGUAAGAGGAAUGCUUUUGCCAUGUGCAGCUCUCAUCUUGUUGCGGUUUCUCUCUGGUAUGGUGCCUGUAUAUUCUCCUAUAUGAGGCCCAGGUCCCAGCUUACCCCAUUGCAAGACGAAGUUGGUUCUGUGUUCCUCAUUAUUGCUCCCACACUGAAUCCCUUGAUUUAUACUCUCCGGAAUAAGAAUGUUGCUAAGGCUCCAAAGAAAAUAUUGAGGAGUGAUGUCGGCUUGCUCUAA